UAUUAAUAGGCAGUCUGUUGUGCCUUCUAUUAUGAAAUGUCUAAUCCCCUCAUCUCUGGUGUUACUUCUUGCGGCAUUGUAUAAUCAGCAAUCCAUGACACAUUACACUUUAGGGUAGUAGUAAUAGUAAAAAUCGUUAGUGCUACUGAUAGAGGCACUUAUCUCUAACUAUGGCACGCGAAUCUUCUUUCGAUUCUGCGGACAUGAACACCGCGUUGAACCUACUCGUUCUAUCUAUGCUGAAUGACCAAGUGAAGAAAGUAUGCUUUGGUAAAUGUUUCGGCAACAAGUUUGGUGAAGUGAUGAACAAGAGCGAACAGAUUUGUAUUGCUAAGUGCAUGGAUCGUAUGUACGAGGCCCACACCAUAUUGUCUCAAGCUGCUGCUGAGGCUGCUAAGAACAUCGGUAAAGGGCAGUAGAGGGAUUCUACUGGGAACAU